CUGCGUGCGUACAUGGCUGCGGACUGGCAGGAGGAGCAGCAGAAUGCAUGCAGACGCCUCGGUCUGCCUGCGUCUCCUCCCUUCCAGCCACCGGCAGAGUACCUGCUCAUGGGCAUUGGCCAAAGAGGAGACCACAUCUUCCAGGGCAUUAUCUAUGGCCAGCCCAAACACCCUCUGCUCCUGGCGGCCAUAAAACACGCGUUUUCGCGCCGCAUCUUGGCAUGCAUCGCCAACAGGGAGUACAUGGUCUUCUGCAAGGAGCUCUGGAAACUGCUUCAGCAGGACCUUGGCAGGGAUCCACAGGCCCUGCCUCAGGCUGUCUCAGAGGCACAGGAUGUGAAAGCUCUCGCUCACACCAUCGACAUGCCUCCAAGGGAACAGCCGGGGGCAUUGCCCAAGCUAGGCGAGGUGGGGGAGAAUGUGGUGCAGAGUAUUGAUGACAACUCGUUCGACGCCAUCAUGGACGUGAUUGGCAAGGAGGUUAAGUACCAGGGCCCCAUAGAGGUGACCGAGCUACUCGGAUAUGAGGCUGGGCCGUCAAUCCAGUCCAAGGAUGCAGAAAUCCCCAAGCGCGAGCAAAUCGUUCGGGAGUGCCAGUCUGACUCGUUCUUUGACUGGCUGCAUGCGCUGGCGACGAUUUUGAUUUUCCACGAGCCACUCAUUUUGAGCGGACUCCGAUCCACCGAGCUCACAACUCUCUGGAAUCGCCGCAUUGCCACUUUGAGUAAGGUCCCUUGGAUAUUCGGACCACUCCUCCUCGUGCGCAAUGUCUCCCACAGAACAUCGUGGAUGGAAGCCAUGUCGGCAAGACUGGCGGACAAUGACCAUGGCCGCCUGACGGUUGCCCUCGCAGCGCCGGAUGGGUCACAGAGCCAUGCCACGAUUACUGCUUUCUUUGGCAUCUUGGGCGGCCUUUUCCGCAGUAUGUGGGAUCGCACCGAAAUGUCGGCGCUGCUCGAGACGGACGACAACUUUGAGAUAGUUGCGUCCACCGCCAAAUCUAUCUACGCGGACGAGUCCAACGAGGCAUGCGGAUCGAUCACAGAGCAGGGGACACUGACGCCAAGAAGAAUUAUUUGA